CAGCCCCGGCCCAGCGCGCCGUCGCCUGCGCCCCCGACGGAGGGUCCCCGGCGGACGCGGCGGGGGCGCGCCGUCCAGGGCCGGCCGCGGGGAGAGCGGCGGCACGGGGCGCGGGCCGGGACGGAGAGAGACGCGGCCGCCGUGCGCUCAGCCCGCGCGCCCCGGAGCCCGCCCGCUGCGAAGACCUCGCGGGAUGGCACCGCGCUGCCCGGAGACCCGGCGGGAUGGCACCGCGCUGCCCGGAGACCCCGCGGAAUGGCACCGCGCUGCCCGGAGACCCCGCGGGAUGGCACCGCGCAGCCUGGAGACCCCGCGGGAUGGCACCGAGCUGCCCGGCCCCCCGGCACGCGCCGAGAGGGGACCCGCGGGCCUCCUGGCACCAAGAGCCACGCCGAGGGCCUGCGCCGCCGUGGGCACGACCGCGCCGCGCUGGCAGCAUCUGGACCCGACCUGCGACGCCCCCCGGGGCCAGCACCGGCUUGGAGGCAAUUCCGGAGGACCUCGGGCCCCGCCCCCGCCCCGCCUGGUCCCGGCACCUCGGCCUCGGGGUUCGAGUGGCCCCCGCGGGACCGGGGCAUGACCCGGCGUUUGUGGACAGACUCUGGGGGCGUGGACCACCCGGACAUUGGCCUCCGGGAGGCGCUUCUGGACCCCACAGCCGCGUCCGACGUGGAGGAGCAGCGAAAGGGGACCGGCCGGAACCCCCAGCCCGAGUCCCGUGGGAGGGCCCCAGGGCGCAGAGCUCAAAGACAGGGAGGGCGGGGGCGGGGGCGGCUCUGCGGGACCCCCACCCCACCGGGCCCAGGGCCGGUCUGCCCGACCCACCUCCCCCACGCUCCAAAGGGCUCUGAGCCUCAGUUUACUCAUCCAGGUGAACCCUCAGGCCUGGUGAGCCCCCAGGACAAGAAGGGUGUCAGGGUGCUUGGAGGGGCUCAUUCCUUCACAAAACUGCCCCCCACGAGGGAACAGGGGGCGCUUCCGUGCUUGUAGCCACCCCAUGAUCCCGAGCCCUGCCAGGAGUCAGCCCUGAGCACAGAGCCAGGAGUCAGCCCCGAGCACAGAGCCAGGAUCAGCCCUGAGCACAGAGCCAGGAGUGACCCCGAGCAUCACCGGUGUGGGUGCUCCCCACCCUGUGGUGCCCCAGGUCCUGCCCAGGCCGGCCGAGGCCCCUUGAGACGAAGGAGCCCUGAGGGCAGAUGGGCAGCUCAGGACCCCCCACCCCGCUGCGAGCCCCCUCCCCUUCCCCCAGGGGUCCCAGGGUGCUCCCGGGGAGAGGCCGCUGCUGGCCCCCCGCUGACCAGCCGGCCGGGGACGGCUUCUGGCCUUCUAUACCCGCUGUCCCCGUGGCAACGCAGCCCCGGCCCCACAUCAGGGGCGGGAGGAAGGUUCCAGAAAGGGGCGGCCGCGCCCCCACCCCCACUCCCACAUCCCACCUGAGGGGCGAGUGUGCAGCUCCCCAGCCCGCCGGCCGCUCUCGCCGUCCAGCCCCGUCACUGUCUCGGGCCCGGGGGGAACCGGGGGCUCUGCCACCCUCCCCUGCGCUCCCAGCUGGCCCUGCCCAGCCCUCGUGGCCCCAGGGCUGUGGUUAAAACCCGGCUCCUCUGGGGGUUCCUCACAGCCCAGGACGAGUAGAAUGUUCUAGAAAUGCCGUUUGAGGAGGGCUGGGGAGGGGGGCGUUCCUUGGACCUACAGUGGAUGGUCCCGUCCGCCUGGGGCUGCUCUGGGGAGGGCGAGCCCCCUCUCUCCCUCUGUGCCCGUUCACCUAAGGAGCCCUGGGCUUCUGGUCUGGGGGCAGGGCUGGAGGGCUUCCUGGAGGAGGUGAAACCAGGUCACCCUACCCAGGCCUCCCGGGUCUGGGGCCAGAGAUCGCUGACGCCCUGUCGGACCCCGGGGCCUCAUGGAGGGACACACGGACCUCGUCGUCCCAAGGCACCGCCCGCUCCGUGCCAGCGCUAGUGCCCAUGUCCUUAGGCCGGGCCUGGGGACGGUCUCAGUGAUGUCCACCUCAGGCACGAGCUGAGAAGCCCCGCCCGCCUCCCACCCCUCGCCCUGAACGCAGCCUGUGGUCACCCCCCGAAGGGCCAGCUCUGCCUCCUGGUGUCCGUGUCCAAGGGGCAGUGCCGGGCCGAGCCCCCAACCCUGCCCGCAGGGGCGACCCCGACCUUGGGUGGCUGUGCUGUCCCGGCCGGCGUGUGGCCUUGGGUCCGGGAGCGUGUGCUCUGAGGGGCCGGCGGGGGCAGGAGGAUCACGGGGCUGGGACUCGGGGCUGCCUGAGGCUGAUACUUUCUAUCCAGUCGGUUCAGCUGCGACUGUAGCCAGCGGCCGGCCCUGGGGCGGGGGACUCUGGCCGCCUCCUCAGCCUGUCCCGCCCGGCCUCUGGGGCACCUGGGGGCUCAGGGGGGCGGUGGGGGAGGCAGGGGGCCUUGGGGGGACACAGGGAUGAGCUGGGAACUGCUCUGGGCGGCGCCCGGGCGGCAGUGGGGGGCCUGGCCAUUGGCCGCUGGGUGCUGGUGUGGGCGGGAACAGGGUCCCCCCACUGCUGACCGUCCCUCGGGAGGAGGGGCCUUGGGAGGUGGUGUCCAGCGCCAGGACAUGGCCAAGGCCCUGCCACGGGGCGCACGUGGCCUUGGAGGGGCCCCUUCACCGUGGCCCAGGCUGCCCCCACCCUGUCUCCUCCACUCCCCCCCCACCCGCCUCCUGCUAACGGGGACUAAGAAACCCCACCUGUGACCUCUGACCUUGUCAUCUUUGCAGGUUCUCUGCCUCUGCCAUCAGACUGGACUUCCUGUCAUCGCCGGGGAUGAGGGAGGGGCCGAUGGGCCAGUCAGGGGGACCUUCUCCGGCCCAGGCUGGUUCCCGGGGGGCCCCCUUGGGGGCUGGAGGGGCCCCGCCCAGGCCCUGGGGCCAAGUCUGGCCUGCAGGCACCAGCCGACGCUGAAGCCAGGAGCCCGCGCGCCUCGUGGGGAAGAACGGGCCGGACGCUGAGCCAGCGAGCAGGUCGGCCCUGCGGGAGGCUGGGCCCGGCACCAUGGUGGACACGGAGAGCCCGCUGUGCCCGCUGUCCCCCCUGGAGGCCGAGCUGGACAGCCCGCUCUCGGAGGAGUUCCUGCGGGAGAUGGGCGACAUCUCGGACGUGGGCCCGGGCAUGGGCGAGGACAGCUCGGGCAGCUUCGGCCUGGCCGACUACCCGUACCUGGGGGACGGGCCUGGCUCCGAGGGCUCCAUCGUCACGGACACCCUCUCGCCGGCCUCCAGCCCCUCGUCCGGCACCUGCCCUGCGGCUCCCGGGAGCACUGAGGAGCCGGCCAGCGUUGCCCUCAACAUCGAGUGCAGGAUCUGCGGGGACAAAGCCUCCGGCUACCACUACGGGGUGCACGCGUGCGAAGGCUGCAAGGGCUUCUUCCGGCGCACCAUCCGGCUGAAGCUGGUCUACGACAAGUGCGACCGCAGCUGCAAGAUCCAGAAAAAGAACCGCAACAAGUGCCAGUCCUGCCGCUUCCACAAGUGCCUCUCGGUUGGGAUGUCCCACAACGCCAUCCGCUUCGGACGGAUGCCCAGGUCCGAGAAGGCGAAGCUGAAGGCCGAGAUCCUCACGUGCGAGCAGGACUCGGGGGACGCGGAGACGGCCGGCCUGCGGGGGCUGGCGCGGCGCAUCCACGAGGCCUACCUGAAGAACUUCAACAUGAACAAGGUCAAGGCCCGCGUCAUCCUGGCCGGCAAGACCAGCAACAACCCGCCCUUCGUCAUCCACGACAUGGAGACGCUGUGCAUGGCCGAGAAGACGCUGGUGGCGCAGCUGGUGGCGGGCGGGGGCAUCCAGAACAAGGAGGCCGAGGUGCGCAUCUUCCACUGCUGCCAGUGCUCGUCCGUGGAGACCGUCACCGAGCUCACCGAGUUCGCCAAGUCCAUCCCGGGCUUCGCCGGCCUGGACCUCAACGACCAGGUGACGCUGCUCAAGUACGGCGUGUACGAGGCCAUCUUCGCCAUGCUGUCGUCCGUCAUGAACAAGGACGGCAUGCUGGUGGCCUACGGCAGCGGCUUCAUCACCCGCGAGUUCCUCAAGAGCCUGCGCAAGCCCUUCUGCGACAUCAUGGAGCCCAAGUUCGACUUCGCCAUGAAGUUCAACGCGCUGGAGCUGGACGACAGCGACAUCGCGCUCUUCGUGGCGGCCAUCAUCUGCUGCGGGGACCGGCCGGGCCUCCUGAACGUGGCGCACAUCGAGCAGAUGCAGGAGAGCAUCGUGCGCGUGCUGCAGCGGCACUUGCAGAGCAACCACCCCGACGACGCCUUCCUCUUCCCCAAGCUCCUGCAGAAGCUGGCCGACCUGCGGCAGCUGGUCACCGAGCACGCGCAGCUGGUGCAGGUCAUCAAGAAGACCGAGUCGGACGCCGCCCUGCACCCGCUGUUGCAGGAGAUCUACCGGGACAUGUACUGAGCCCGCGCGCCCCCCUCCUGGGGGACGCCUCGAGCGGCACUGACGCAGUGUGCGCGCGCGCAGCGGGCGGUCAGCAGCGCGGAGAGCCAGGAGGGAGCUCCCCCUGGGCCCGCGGCUGGUGGCGAGGUGACCAUCCCGGGGCAGACGGGGCGUCUCCCCGCUCCCGCCCCUCCCCACUGCCCGCUCCUUGGUGGGUUCUGAAAACUAAUCAGCACUUUUUUUGUUUUGUUUUGUUUUUAACUCUUAUAAUCCUUUCGAUCUAGAUGUUUCCAAGGAGAGGGGCCUGAGAGCAGCCGCCUACUUAUUGGGGGAGACUCUGAUUCCGUGUCCCGGAUCCCAGGAAGGUGCCCUCCACACUGCCCUCGGCACAGGCCCGGGCAUCCUCGAACCCGCGAGGGGCCCCGUGAGGGCGCAGCACUCUAGCCGGGGACGUGGAAUCAGAGAAGCCUGACCCGGGUUUGCCGGGGGUUCCCGGGAGCCCCGCUGCCUUGGGGCCUUGGCCAGCUGUCUGCUCGGGUGCGGGUGGGGUCUGUGAGAGCAGGAACCAGCUGCCCAAGGCCCCCGGAGCCCCCCUCCUCUCCUCCCACACAGGGACCCACCGCCCGCCCAGGGAGGCUGUUUGGGGCCACCCCAGUGUUCUUAGGGACAGUGACGAGUUCCCGAGGGGUCCGGCAGCCCCGGGGCUCCUGCUGUGUUGCCUUGUAAAAGAUGCAGCUUUAUUAUUAUUUUUUUAAUUAUUAUUAUUGUUUCGCGACUCGGUGGUCGUCCCUGGAGCAGAGCCGAGGCAAUCAGGACUGUGGGCGGGGCCGUCGCGGGCUCUCAGGCGCCCGCUGGCCUUGGGCUGUGGCACACUCACUUUGGUAGGUGGCCCCCGUCCUGCAGAGACCACCAGCAGCACCUCCUGGCCCCCUGUGCCUGCCGCUCCCCUCGGCCUCGGGGGUCUCGUGGACCACCCACACCAGGAAACCGCCUUGUUUUGUUGUCCACCGUCCCAGAGAAACGGACCCAGGAGAGGAUCGCCAGCCCUCCAGCGCCGACCCGGCCGUCACAGAACACCCGGUGACCCUCCACGUGGGCCCGGACCAGCCCGACACGGCGGCGGCCACGGGAAAAACAAAAUAAUAGCACAGGGGCAGACGGAAGGUUUCCGGCGUCCUGGGAGAGGGCGCGGCCGGAGGCUCACGUGCCGGCCGGUCAGCAGCCCCGCAGGGGUGGGGCCCAGGGGGAGCCCGUGGCCCCCGGAGCCGUGCCAGCGCCAGCCUCGCGCCUGCCAGCCACUGUGCCGCGGAGCCGUGCCAACAGGUUCUGGAAGCUUCCGGCCCUCUACUGCGUGGUCGUGGGAACAUGGUCCGGCCCUGUGUCCACUAGUGGCCAACGGUGUCCGGCUCCUCAGGGCCACCCACUGCCCCGUGGCCACUGUCUGGGAGCUGCCGGGACCCGGGGCCAUGGGCAGCGACACCCCUCCAGGUGCUUGAGGGUGCUCCAGGCCGUGGGGGCUCAACGCCCCCCUGCUCCACUCGGGGAGCCGAGACUCGGCCUCAGGCCAGGCUCCGGGACACACGGGGACACACCGGUGCCCCGGGCGGACGCUGGGCCGUGGCCUUGUGGUUCCGGGGACUCAGAUGGACUCACAGCUACCUCAACCAUGCGUCCCGGCAGCACGAAAAGGCCCCAGGACCCGGGCCUGUGCCACGCACGCGCCAGGACCCCUCUGCUGGCCCCAGCCCCAGGAAGGCUGUGGGGUCGUCCACGGUGCCUCCGGGUCACUCUGGUGUCCACGGUGCCUCCGGGCCACUCUCUGGUGUCCACGGUGCCUUUGGGCCACUCUCUGGUGUCGUCCACGGUGCCUCCGGGUCACUCUCUGGUGUCAUCCACGGUGCCUCUAGGUCACUCUGGUGUCCACGGUGCCUCCGGGUCUCUCUCUGGUGUCCAUGGUGCCCCUGGGUCACUCUCUGGUGUCGCCCACGACGGCCUCUGGGUCACUGUCUGGCCAUUGCUGCAUUCUUCAUGGUCUCCCACUUUCGGUUUGUGGCACCAACGCAGGCGCCUGACCAGGGUGCGAGGGGACCAGUGUGCCAGCUUGGGUCACUUGGCUGUGCCUGAGAAACCCGGGGGCCCUGGCUGCUUCCUGGGCCUGCAAGGAGUGAGGCCUGGGGGCUCCGUGGGCCCUGCCGAGACCCCCACGGGGAGACACCCCCCAUCUCUCUCCUCAAGUCAGGGGCUCCGGGCCCGUGGGAGACUCGCAAGGGGGGUUUGUCCUGCCCCAGAGGUCCCAUGGUGUGGCUCAGACUGGCCACUCCCUCGGGUGGCCCUGGGGGUCGGCUUCAGGAAGCCCCUCUGCUUUCGAGGCCUCUUGAACAGCGGGGGCCCAGGCCCAGCGCCCCGGCCACCUGGACCCGCGGCCGGGAAGCCCCCGGGAGGGGUGGCCAGCCUGUGGAAGGCGCCCCCAGCAGCCAGGGCACAGGGGCGGGGCCACCCCCCAGGGUCUGCCGUGUGCCCGUGGAGGAGCUGUGCAAGGCAGGGGUCAGGCCAUGUCCCGGCUCGGGGCUCCUGGGACCCAUGGCCGAGUCUCCGCUCAGAGCCUGCCUGGACACUUGGCCUGCGACUCUCAGAGCUGGACCCUCAAGGCUGGCACUGAGAACGUGGGGCGGCGACUGUGCCUGUCAGGCUGUGGCUGAGACUGUGGGGCUGCGACUGUGGCUGUCAGGCUGUGACUGAGACUGUAACUCAGGCUGUGAUUGUGAGGCUGUGACUGACUCUUAGACUGUGACUGUCAGACUGUGGCUGUGGCUGUGUUGGGCUGUGGCAGUGAGUGCAACUGUCAGGCUGUAUCUGUGACUAUCAGGCUGUUACUGACUCUCAGGGUGGUGGUUGCCAAGCUGUGACUGUGACUUGACUCAGACUGUGACUCUGAUUGUCAGGGUGUGGCUGUGAGUACCUCUGUCAGGCUGUAACUGCGAGAUUGUGGUUGUGACUCUCAGACUGCGAUUGUGUCUGUGACUGUCUGACUCUGAGUGUGACUGUCAGGCUGUCUGACCGUCCAGCUGUGAAUGUGACUGUGGCUCAGGCUGUGUCUGUGACUGUCCGGCUGUGUGUGACUGUCAGGCUGUGUAACUGUGACUCAAGCUGUGUCUUGACUGUCCGGCUGUGAGUGGCUGUGACUCAGGCUAUGUCUGUGACUGUCAGUGUGACUAUGACUCCGCCUGUGACUGUGAGGCUGAAUGUGACUGACUCAGGCUGUGUCUGUGACUGUCCAGCUAUGAGUAUGAUUGUCAAGCUGACUGGCUGUGUUGCUGUGACUCAGGCUGUGUGUGUGACUGUGACUGUGUGUGACUGUCAAGCUGUGUAUGACUGUGACUCCACAUGUGACUGUGACUGAGGCUGAGUGUGACUGACUCAGGCUGUGUCUGUGUUUGUGACUCAGGCUGUGUCUGUGACUGACCGGCGGUGAGUGAUUGUCAGGCUGACUGGCUGUGUGACUGUGACUCAGGCUGUGUGUGACUGUCAAGCUGUGUGUGACUGUGACUCCACCUGUGACUCUGAGGCUGUGUGACUGACUCAGGCUGUGUCUUUCAGGCUGUUUGUGACUAUCAGGAUGUGUGACUGUGACUCUGGCUGUGUGUGUGACUGUCAAGCUGUGUGUGACUGUGACUGUGUGUGACUGUGACUGAGGCUGAGUGUGACUGACUCAGGCUGUGUCUGUCAGGCUGUUUGUGAGUGACUGACUCAGGCUGUGUCUCUGACUGUCAAGUUGUGACUGGCUCAGGGCUGUAGUUGUCAAACUGAGGCUGACUUGACUCAGACUUGACUGUAACUUGACUCAGGCUGUGACUGUCAGGCUGGCUCUGGGCUAUGGCCGGCGCUGUCGGGGGCUCGGCGGGCAGGUAGCUCGUGGGAAGCGCCCAGGCCCUGAGUCUGUGCUCACGCCCAGGCACACCCUGGGGCUGCUCCCGCCGCAGGGGCUCCGGGACCUCCCCACAUGCCCUUGGACGCCGCGUCGAGGGUCAGAGGAGCACGGUGGCCCCUCCGCGGCCCUCCCGAGUGGGCCAGGGCAGCUGCGUCUUUCCCUUCUGGCCUGAAGCUGUGGGCACCGGGCCUGACCAAGGGGCCCCGGCAGCUGCAUCCUUGGCCGAGAACAGGCCAAACCGCGCCGUGUCCAAGGGCACAUCUGGACGGGGCAGCCGGCAGCGGCGAGGACGUCAGUGGGCUUGUGGCCGCCCCGGCACCAUCUGCCAACAACAAAGCAGUUAAGAACCGUCGAGAGCUAGUUCCGAGCGGGGCCCUCAUUCUCCCUCGCCUGUGCCCGCCCGGCCCGGCCCCCUCCACCCCGGCAGGAAGGGCGCGGGGCCUCCGUGCGGUCAGGCUGCAGCUGUCGCCGGCCUUUCCGAGACAACACCGCUGUCCUGCCCUCAGGCCUGGAAGGGUCCCCACUCAGUGCCACCCCGGCUGGCGCUGCCCCCUAGCACGUCAGGGAGGCUCCCACCGGCCCCACCGCGGUGCCAGGCAACCCUCGAAGACUAGUGACCCGACAAUCAUGCCCCGGGACCCGCACCAGAGCAGUGUUUGCUGCCCCGAUGCUCCAGGCUGACCCUGGCACCCCUGGGGGGGGAACAAAUGCGGACACAGAGCUCUGCAGACCUGUGUACGGGACACCACACACACACACACACACACACACACACACACACACUGUGGGUAUACACUACACGCAGACACAGCACACGAGCACACAAAUGUAGUACACAUACACAGCGCGGGUAUACACACUAGGUGCAGAAACAGCACACACGUAGCACGCAUAUAGCAUGGGUAUACACUAUUGCACGCACACACACACACACACACACACACACACACGCAGACCCCACAGCUCCUCUCGGGACCCCCAUUCCUGUGCAUGGCAAAUCUAUGGGCGAAGCCACCCGAGACCUUCAUAGACGCCACUGGACCCUCCAGGUCGGUGGCUGACGGGGCUGGCCCGGGCCGGCUGGGGUGCCCCCAAGGCCCCAUGGAAACCCCCAUUCUCGGAGCAGACCCGGCUCAGCCCACCUGGACGGGAGGCCCCGCCCGGGCGAGACUCCCCAGUGCCUUAUCUCAGUGUUCGGGGCGGCCUCGUCACUCCGGGAGUGGAAAAGGGUCCCUCUCUAUGCCAGACUCGGGGGCCAGCUCUCCCCCCCGGGGAGGGGCCCACCCGGGUGCCUGUGCCAGACCCCGGCCUGUCUGUCCACAAUGUCGUGCUGUGACCGAUGAAUGUAAAGACGAUUCAGGGUACAGUUCUGCCUUAAUGGUCUUGAAAAAAAUAAAUAAAACUAUUUUUUAAAGUG